GCGGGGUCCCUGGACCCGGGUGGCCCCCGCUGCGGCCGCGUCGCGGGUGUGGACCCGGUCGCAGCUCUCCCGGCGGCGGGAUGGAGGCGUCGCGCCGCCGCCCCGGACCCCGUGGGGACAGUGCCUUUGAAGAUGAGACCAUGAAGCUUCGGCAGCUGAAACUGGAUAAUCAGAGAGCACUGCUGGAGAAGAAGCAGAGGAAAAAGCGCCUGGAGCCGCUCAUGGUCCAGCCGAACCCCGAAGCCCGGCCGCGUCGGUCCAGGCCAAGGGGCAGUGAGGAGCACACGCCCCUGGUGGAACCUCAGGCUCUGCAUGAUGGCGUCGUUCUGCACGGCAUUGACGGUCCUGCUGCCUUCCUGAAGCCAGAUGCUCAAGAUUCGGAAAGCGGACUUCAUGUUCUCUCAGUGGGAUCUUCUGUCACAGAGGAGGAGCCUGAAGGAAGUGCCUCGGGGGAGAAGACCGGGGGCCCUGCCUCCAAACCAGAUCUUCAGGACAUUCUCCAGAGACAUGGUAUCUCAGGGAGUUUGAACUUUGAUGAGGAGGACACUGACGGGGAGGAAGAAGAAGGGAAAAAAUUAAGUUCUCAUUCACCAAAUUCAGAGGCAGAGAGACCCAGUUCUGCAUCCAGCCAGAAACCAACCACAGAUACAGCAGCUUCUGGGACGGCAGCCCAGCAAACUGAUAACCAGCUGGGAGAAAUAGACAACUUGGAGGGCUUCGCAUACAGCCCUGCCCCUCGAGGUGUCACAGUCAAGUGUCGCAUCACCAGGGAUAAAAAAGGAAUGGACCGGGGUCUCUUCCCCACCUACUAUAUGCACUUGGAAAAGGAUGAAAAUCGGAAGGUAUUUCUUCUUGCAGGUAGAAAGCGGAAAAAGAGCAAAACGUCCAACUACCUUAUUUCCACUGAUCCAACAGAUUUAUCUCGUGAAGGGGAGAGUUACAUUGGCAAACUCAGAUCCAACCUCAUGGGGACCAAGUUUACAGUUUAUGACCACGGUGUCAGCCCAACCAAGGCACAGGGUCUGGUGGAGAAGACCUACACCCGGCAGGAGCUGGCUGCCGUCUGUUACGAAACAAAUGUACUUGGAUUCAAAGGCCCCAGGAAAAUGUCUGUGAUCAUUCCAGGGAUGAAUAUGAAUCAUGAACGGAUCCCAUUUCAGCCACGAAAUGACCACGAGAGCCUGCUUUCAAAGUGGCAGAACAAAACCAUGGACAACUUGAUUGAAUUGCACAACAAGUCCCCGGUCUGGAACGAUGACACUCAGUCCUACGUCCUGAACUUUCAUGGCCGGGUCACUCAGGCUUCUGUGAAGAACUUCCAGAUUGUCCAUGAGAGUGACCCCGACUAUAUAGUCAUGCAGUUUGGACGUGUGGCGGACGACGUGUUCACGCUGGACUACAACUACCCGCUGUGUGCACUUCAGGCCUUUGCCAUCGGGCUCUCUAGCUUUGACAGCAAGCUGGCCUGUGAGUGAGAGAAAAGCAGCCCUGGGCUUUCUCUCCCAGAGCUUUCCGGAACAGGCAGCCGCACCCUUGCUUUUGCCCCAGGAUGUGAAGAGUGACAGCCUGCCUCUUUGGGCCUGACCCCUGAAAGCACGUAGUGUGCACACGCACAUGUGUGUACACAUGUAUGUACACCCCUCCUCUGGGGCUCGCAGCCUAACCUGGGUGAGAGCUUGCCCAGCACCUGCCCGGCAGCUUCUGCACCUCCAGAGGCCGAGUCCUGUUCUUGGAAACCUGCAGCCAGAACCAGCUUUUCUAAUGAUCAGGUUCUCAGGCCUCUCUCUCUCUCUCUCUUUUUUUUUGCUUUUUAGCGCCGCACCCAUGGCAUGUG